CACAUUUGCUGCAAGGAUGCCAGAAAUGUUUCCUUCUCUGACAUGGCGACAGAGGAAGUUCUCUGCAUCAGCUCGGCGCAUGUUCGGCAUCCAGCGCCACUGGCUACUGGUGGACACCGCCGGAAAUAGAACGGCAGACGACGAGCCAGAGUUUACCGUGCUCCCCGCCCGAUCGCGCCACCUGCUCGCUCAGCUGUUCAUGAUGCCCGACAGCGAGGUGGUGUGGAUGGGAGCUACAGAAGACGGCGAAAUACAGCUGCUGGACGUGUACCGGCUGACAAGUUUUACCUCAGUGCUGAACAUCUCUCUGGCUGGUUGGGCGGUGAGGCGAGACUCUGGAGUCAGCCUCUACCUGCUGCCACGUCCCGACACGUCCAAACGACGCAACAGUCUCCACGGGGCCAAGCUGAAAGCCGGAGCUGCGAUUCUGUUCCCGAAAUAUUUUACUGGGAUGUAUGAUUUACGACUGCCUCACCUCGACACCUGGACGAAGAUUACAUAUCCUCUCAUCGAAUAUCUAGGACAGAAUUUUAAUUUCACAAUGGAAGUGUACUACACAGACAGUUACGGGUGGCAGACUAACGGCACGUUCGACGGUGUGAUAGGCAUGAUGCAGCGCGAAGAAAUCCAGAUAGCCGCCUCGUCGCUCUUCAUGAGGCGUGACAGAAUGCCGUACGUGGACUUCGCCGCAGAAGCUUUCUAUCUCAAGACGGCCGUGGUGUUCCGGCAGCCGACGCUGGCGAGCGUGACGAACAUCUUCACGCUGCCGUUCAGCACGGCCGUGUGGGCGUGCUGCGUGCUGCUGUGCGUGCUGACGCUGCUGCUGUUCGGCCUGCAGCUGCGCCUGGCGGCCAGGCGCGGCAUCGAGGGCGAGCUCACGCACGUCACCUACCCGGAGCUCUUCACGUUCGUGCUCGGCUCCAUCUGCCAGCAAGGUCUGCCCCAGACGCCCACGUCGCUGUCGGGUCGCGUCACGGUGUUCGUGCUGGCGCUGACCUCACUCUUCCUGUUCACCUCCUACUCGGCCAACAUCGUGGCCCUGCUGCAGUCGCCCAGCCACUCCAUCCGCUCCGUCUCAGACUUGGCGUCCAGUCCGCUGACGCUGGGCGUCCAGGACAUCGCCUACAACAAGGUGUAUCUCGGGGAAACGACGGACAGAGAGCUCCGACAGUUCGUGCGCCGCAAGAUGCAGCCGCUGGGCAACCGAGUGUACUGCAACGGCGCCGAGGGCAUGGAGCGCGUGCGGAAGGGCAUGUUCGGCUUCCAGGUGGACACCAGCACGGCCUACAAGAUCAUCAGCGAGACGUACACGGAGCGCGAGAAGUGCGGCCUCAUGGAGGUCAACCUCUUCCCGCUGCCGCCGCUCUGUGUCGCCACCACCAAGCACGCUGGCUACCGGGAGAUGUUCUCGCAAAGAGUGGGCUGGCAGCGCGAGGUGGGGAUCCUGACGCGGCAGCGUCGCCUGUGGCUGCCCCAGAGACCCGUCUGCGAGAACAUGGUCAGCGGCUUCGUCAGCGUCGGCAUCAUGGACUUCUACCCCGCGCUGCUCGUGCUUCAGUACGGCAUAGCCGGCGCCAUCGCAGUACUCGCCCUGGAGCUGCUAUACUUCCACAGGAGCAGACUGUGGCAGCGUAUGAGAUGCAUCAGUUCGCUGUCUGCAGCAAAGCAUCCAGACGUCUAUACCGCCGCCGUCGAUCAGAUAUCCCAGAAGCGGCCCCAGAUGCACCAUGUGGGAUCGCGAUUUAAAUAACUGAAUAGAGUUCUUUGUGAUGGUGAUGUAAGAAAGCAGAAUUUUGCACGGUAAUGUCGGGCAUUGAUCAGCUAGAACAUAGAGCACACGAAACACAUUCAUUUAAUUACUUCAUGCCUUCUACCAAUCACUGAUGUGUAGUCAGAUUCAUUCGGAUCCAACAUUUUUCUCAAAAAUCUCUAAUUUUUUUAAUUUAAAAGUCUAGUGACAUAAUUUUCUUACUUAACUUCUUAGUUAAUUUCCUCAUGCUCUUAGUUUUUAAUGGCUCAGAGUU